CGCGUGUGCGUCGAGGAGAGCGGGCGGCAGGCGCUACGUAUCACCGACAUACAGACGGGAUAUAGGCGCGUAUCCCUCUCCCAGAGGCCGGAGUGGCUGGUUUCUCCCUCCAGCCCUGGAUCCCCCAGUCCGAAGCGCAUUCCCGGCGGGACCGGCCGCCCGCCUGCACAAGAGGAUGGGCGAGGCGGUCGCCCGGGUGGCCAGGAAGGUGAACGAGACGGUGGAGAACAAAACGGAUUCCCUGGAUCUGGCCAACUGCAAACUGAUGACCUUCCCUGUUGGAAUCUACAAAGCCGUGAGGAGCGUCACCGAGGGGAUCCAUCGCAUCUCCCUGGCCAACAAUGAGCUCAAGUCCAUCACCAGCCGAUUCGUCACCACCUUCAGCCAGCUGAGAGAGCUCAACCUGGCAGGCAAUUACCUGCACCGCCUGCCCGAGGAAAUCACCUCCCUGCUGCACCUCCGGGCCAUCGACCUCUCCCGCAACAGGUUCCGGCGCUUCCCGGAGCCCCUGGCCACCGUCCCCGCCCUGGAGACCAUCGACCUGGAAGAGAACGAGAUCGCAGAGGUGCCGACGGAUAAAUUGGCGUCCAUGGCAUUGCUGCGCAGCCUCAACCUGCGGGCGAACCCCGUCGGCCCCGAGGUGCGGCUGCUGGUCCGGCCCCUGGUUCCCUUCGACCUGCUGCUGUCUCCAGAGGAGCCCAUCCCUAAAGCCUGACAGGAUCCCGGGGUGCCCGAGCUGUCCCGAGGGGUGACUGCCCACCAGAGUGGUUUGCCUUAGGUCAGUCCCUGCCACGCCCCCGUUUCUGCCCCAAAGCUGCAAGCCAGAGGGUCCCAAAGCCGAGCGAGUGCCUCGUUUUCCCUAAAUUAGAAGCAAGCAGGGGGCUCCCCCGUGAAGGGAUGGCUCUGCCAAAUCCCAAGCCAGGCAAUCUUCUGCUUAUGCGUUUUGGGGGUGCAGAGGAGCUGCAACACAUGUGGUGGGAGGUUUGGGUGGAGCUGGGGGGAAUCGGGAUGUUCAGCCUCCCACCCGGGCAGUGACGGGGAGCAGUGGGAUGGUGGAGGACAUCCCUGCAGCUGUAAGGGUUCUCCCUGGAAUUGCUCACAAAGUGGUGGUGUGCCAAGUGCCUGAUUAAAUGCUUUCCUGUUACAUCGGGGGCUUUGUAUCUGAUUAAAUUCGAAUUACCAGUCUUGUCCUUAGAGAACUCCCUUCGUUCAGUUGCUCA